GGCCAUAGAUAACAUUGUUUGCAUUAAUGAAAUAAAACAAAAGGCGGUGAAGUAUAAAUGUCAGGAGACCACGCCUUAUGUUUACGUCACUCAGCGUUACGUCAAACAAGUGUACAAAACAAGCGCCGGACUGCUACGCUUGGCAGCUCUCCGCGCGCAAACACACUGUCGGAACUUUCCGGGAGAAACUUUCAAAAGUCACAAUGGCGGACAUGUUAGAGGAAGUCAAGCCGUCCAACGGCGAGGACAGACUGACCAACGGACCGUCCCAGGGUCGUAGCGGUGGCGGCGGCGCCCGGGAGCCGCUGUCCCGGCGCCUCAAGCGAAUCGUGGAAGCCAAUUUACUGGUGAUCCUCACCGUGGUCGGAGUCAUCAUCGGCGUCUUCAUCGGCCUCGGCGUGCGGAGCGUGACGCUCACCCGCACCCAGGUCAUCUACAUCGGCUUCCCCGGCGAGCUGCUCAUCCGGCUGCUGAAAAUGAUCAUAAUUCCCCUGGUGGUGUGCAGCUUAGUGUCCGGAGCGGCGAGCAUUGACCCCAAAGCACUCGGCAAGUUAGGCGGCUGGGCGAUGCUCUUCUUCCUGGUUACCACCUUGAUAGCCUCAGCCAUUGGAGUGGUGAUGGCUUUCAUCAUCAACCCGGGCUCGGUCGCUAUGACCAAACCGAAGGUGCCCGUCUUGGACGACAGCGUGCCGGAAUCCAAAGAGGUCAUCGACUCCUUUUUGGAUUUAAUUAGAAACAUCUUCCCCUCCAACCUGGUGUCUGCUGCCUUCCAGUCAUACGCAACCAGCUACAAGGUGGUGAACGCAACUGAAAAAAUUCAACGCCUCAACAUCUCUGUAGAGAAGGUUCCCAUUGGAACAGACCAGGAUGGUAUGAAUAUUCUGGGUUUGGUUGUGUUCGCCAUCGUGUUUGGCGUGGCUUUGCGGAAGUUGGGGGAGGAAGGCGAGAUCUUGAUUAAGUUCUUCAACUCCUUCAAUGAAGCCACCAUGGUGCUGGUCUCCUGGAUCAUGUGGUAUGCCCCUUUCGGCAUCAUGUUCCUUGUUGCUGGUAAGAUUGUGGAGAUGGACGACGUGGGCACGCUGUUUGCAAGCCUGGGGAAAUACAUUGCUUGCUGCAUUGUCGGACACGCCAUUCACGGCAUCCUCGUCCUGCCCGCUAUCUACUUUAUCAUCACGAGGAAGAACCCGUACACCUUCCUGUGGGGGAUAUUCACAGCUCUGGCUACAGCUUUUGGAACAGCCUCCAGCUCCGCCACUCUGCCCCUGAUGAUGAAAUGUGUGGAGGAAAACAACGGCAUCUCCAAGCAAAUCAGCCGCUUCAUCCUCCCCAUCGGCGCCACCGUCAACAUGGACGGCGCGGCUCUCUUUCAGUGCGUGGCGGCCGUUUUCAUUGCUCAGCUCAACGACUUUCCCCUCGACUUCAUCCAGAUCAUUACCAUCCUAGUGACCGCCACAGCGUCAAGCGUCGGAGCUGCUGGCAUACCCGCCGGAGGGGUGUUGACCCUCGCUAUCAUCCUGGAGGCAAUCGGGCUGCCCACCAAUGACAUCUCCCUCAUCUUGGCUGUCGAUUGGCUUGUUGACCGCACAUGCACGGUGCUCAACGUGGAAGGCGAUGCCUUUGGAGCUGGGCUCCUGCAAUUCUUCGUCGACCGCACGCCCAAACAGGAAGGAGUGGAGCUGAUGGAAGUCAAACCGGAUGUCGACCCUGCAGCAGAACGCUCGCCGCUUAUGACAAAACAAGGUGGGGCGGGAGAUGCAGUGAGCAACAAUGUGAAUGACAUGGUGUAAAAAAAACAUAAAGCCGCUUGACCUGGUUCUCCCGUGGAAGCUGAUGAUGGACAACUUUUCCAACAAUUUUUUGCAGCGCUAUUAGGUCAGCAGUUAUUACCCAUUGGGACGUGAAGGACUACUGUAUUUGUAAUGUAAUUUAUUGAAGGUUAAAGACAAGUUGGACCUCGGAUAUUAACACAAAUGGAUGAAGUUUGCCAAGGUUGGCAUCUUCAUCCUUUUGAAAAUUGUUUAUUUCAUGUAUGUUGUAUGUGUUGUGGUGGUUAACUGGUGGUCCUUUAUGCUAAUUCUUCUCAAAUAUGUCCAGGUCACUUCAUUACAUAUGCGGGGAAAAACAAACAUAAAACAUAAAAGCGAUAUGUCAAAGCCAUUUAUGCCUCUUUAAAAAAAAAAAAAAAAAUCCGACCUCAGGCUCUACCGAUUUGAAGACUGUUCAUUCCCUCCUAAAGACCAAAAAUAAUCCCUUUUAUUUAGUUUUUCAGCCCUGUUUUUUAAACUUUCGUAUCGUUGCAGAGCACAGAGAUGAGUUUGAAAGCUUUAUUUAUACAAAGGUAUCAACGGGGGAUAUUAGAAUGUCCUUUUUCAGGCCUGUUUUUUUCAACUUUCAUAUCAAAGCAGAGCACAGAGAUGAGUUUGAAAGCUUUAUUUAUACAAAGGUAUCAACAGGGGAUAUUAGAAUGUCAUUUUUUAAUGAUUAACUCCCCCUGCUGGCGAAUGACAGUAUGGAAAUAACUUUAUUGACCUCAGAGGUCAAAUGUGUAUAUCUUAAGUCAAAUAUCCAAAGAUAUUUUGUCACUGUUGGAUUUCCAAAGUGAUUCUUUUUCAUCUGAGAAGAUCUAAUUUUAUUAUUCUAUAGAUAUUUUAUAUAUUUUUUUCUGGGUUUUAUUUUGUAUGUCUUCCAGGUGCUUCCACUUGGGUACAGGGAUUUUGUCUUUUUCAUUUUUUUUAGCAGGUGAAUGGUACUCUUCAUGCUCGUUCUGUCACCUAUUGUGAUUUUUCUAGGUUACUAUCACUUCGAGGACAUUAUGAGCCAAAUGACACUAUGAUACGUCCAAUAGUACAAAUUUGUUGUUGGUCCAAGAUCUGUUGUGUGGACAAUGUCAUUGCUGGGUUUCCGUUAUGUUGAAUAUUUAUACUUGAAGUGUCUAUGCACAUGAAAGUCUGCCUUUUGGGUUGUCAACAAUAAAUUUUUUUAUGACAA